AUGUCCAGGGAGGCAAGUCCAGGGCGCUCGGUGCCCGACCGGUAUGUAGAGGAGCCCCGCCGUUCGCACGGAAGCCAUCAACGUGAGCAUCGCUCGUCGCGUGAGCGGUCUCCGUACCGCUCUUCCCGUAGCGAUCGGGAGCGUUCGCAUCGGCGCCACUAUGACGAUGAUCGUGAGCGACGUCGUGAGCGUGACAAGCAUCACCGGCGCUCACGCGAUCGUGAUUCGUACGAUGAUCGAUCUUCUUAUAAUACCCACCGUGACUCUCCUACUCGGUCGCCUUCGCGCACGCCAAGCCAAGCAGGGCCAAGUACGGCACAGCCGAGUGCCCAACCCAACUUUGAGCGAUCUGGCCUUCUCGCGAAGGAGAGCAAUAGUGUGAAUGGAGUGGCACUCAAAUACCAUGAGCCACCUGAAGCGAAGAAGCCGAAACGAUCAUGGCGAUUGUUCGUGUUCAAGGAUGGUAAGGAAGUGGAUAUGUUUGUCCUUGGAAGGCAAUCUUGCUAUCUGUUUGGACGCGAUAAGACCGUGGUAGACAUACCGAUUGAGCAUCCCUCAUGCUCCAAGCAGCAUGCUGUGAUACAGUUUCGGCAGGUCACCAAACGAAACGAGUUUGGUGAUGAAAAGCGUUACGUGCAACCCUUCUUGAUCGAUUUAGAGUCAGCCAAUGGCUGCAUCGUAAAUGGAGAGAAUGUGCCUUCCUCGAGGUACUAUGAACUUCGUUCGGGCGAUACGUGCCAAUUUGCCGCCAGCAGUCGCGAGUAUGUACUACUCGAUGAAGGGGCGGCUGCUUCGUAG